AUGUUCGCCACCAAGGAUUUAGACAAAGACGAAACGAUUUACGAGACGAACAAUCAGGUCUGGCCGAAGACUUACAGAUUGAGGUUGGUCAGCCGACACUGGAUUCCGGGCUGGCCGUACACCGCAGCCGUCGUGAUUCAUCUUCAGGGCCUUCCGCAACAGGUUCAGGACGGAGCCGGAAUCGAUUGGGAUGACCUCCAACAGCACUUCGAAUUCACGCGCAGCUGGUGUACCGACCAGGAAUCUUGGAAAUCCACGACGGAGUGGAAAAGGUUUCGACUAGGGGUUCCCAAGUGGGAAUUGAGGGUACACUUGCAACACUAUUCGCUGAAGCAGGUUCAUCACCCGGAUUGCCGAGGACUUAUUGACCUGAAGAAGAUGAACUUUCUCAGCAUAUAUGAACGCAUCGGUCUCGAUCACCACAAGGAGGUUGUGAGGUUCGAUCAGAACGUGAUGUAUGGCAACGAUCUAUCAGGCCAAGAGGUGCAGGCAUGGAACACCGAAGAUAUGCCAGAGGAACUUCAGGCUUUCUUGAAGUCGUUGUAUCCAACUCCUUAG